GGCUGGGCGCUGGGGGCGGGGACCCUGAGUCCGCACUCCAGCGGGCGGCAGCAGCACGAGUUGCCAGGCUAGGGCUUGGGCUGGCUAGCGCAGGACUCUAUAUAAGAAGGGCGGACAGCGCUGCUGUUCCCACAGUAUACUCUAGCUCUCUUCUCCUGCUCCUGCAGGCACCUGCACCAGCACGAGCACGAACACCGCAGCAGCUUCAGGUCUUCCUGACCCAGAGAGAGGACGGGUGGGAUGGCACGGAGUGUUGCCCGCAGGGCGGAGUCAACCCAGGAGCAGGAGCCCUGGCCCCGGCCCCGGCCCCCUUCGCUUGACAUUAGCUUCAGUUUCUCUGCGGGGCAAGUGGCUCCGGUGGCGGGCGCGUGAAGAGAAAUCUAGAAGGAAGUGGAGAGGUACUGAGCAAGGCAAGGAGAAACAACUCGGGCAACCUCCCUCUUGGGUACACCCCACCCAGCUCCAAAGGCAGUUGUGCCCUCGCCUGGCAGCUACUUCUCUCGGUUUUCGGAGCUGGCAUUCUGGACAGAAAAGGCCAGACGGGACGGGAGGGCAGAUGCUGAGUCUUCACCUCCCUUUCUUCCUGUCUGUGACUUGAAACUCCAGUGACCAGAGUGGGGAGUGUCUCGUGGCUUCUGGGCUAAGAAACCCUUGGGGGUGGUGGUGGUAAAGAAAGGUGAGGGAAAAGAAAAAAAAGAAAAAAAAAGCAGACCAACCAAAAACCGCGCCCGAACGCACGCUCAGCUCAGAGGAUUUGGAAAAGAAGCAGAAGUACGCCUUCUCCAAGGAUCAUUACAAUUAGUGGAUCCAAAUAUGCUUGCUUAGAAGAGCUGAGGACUGGAGACUUAUUGUGACUGGGUUGAGCGCAAGAGAAGAGAGCAGAAGGGACUCUUUCGCUUCCCAAGGGCUGGGUAAGGAGAUAUAGAUUAGCCUGCUCUAUAUCGCCAGUCCAUGAUCUGGAGCUGCGCGCCACCUGCUCUGAAAGCAGGGCGAGGGGCGCAAUGGAACAGCCCAGCCGUCAGUGCUCUCCUCCAGCCUCGGGUUCCCUGACCUCCUCGCAGACUAAUCAUUCUACCUUCCCGAAUCCCAACUGCAGCUCUCGGGAUCUGGAGCCAUACCAGGACUCGAUUGCACUCCCUUGGAAGGUGCUUCUGGCCACAUUCCUUGCACUCAUCACCUUGGCCACCACGCUCUCCAAUGCCUUUGUAAUCGCCACGGUCUCUCGGACUAGGAAGCUGCACACUCCUGCCAACUACCUGAUCGCCUCCCUGGCAGUGACUGACUUGCUUGUGUCUAUCCUGGUGAUGCCCAUUAGCACUAUGUACACGGUCACCGGCAGGUGGACUCUGGGCCAGGUUGUCUGUGAUUUCUGGCUGUCCUCGGACAUUACCUGUUGCACAGCUUCCAUACUGCAUCUCUGUGUUAUCGCACUGGACCGCUACUGGGCCAUUACAGACGCAGUAGAGUAUUCGGCUAAAAGGACUCCCAAGAGAGCAGCUGGAAUGAUUGUUAUGGUAUGGGUCUUCUCUGUAUCCAUCUCCAUGCCCCCACUUUUCUGGCGCCAGGCCAAGGCCGAGGAGGUGGCAGACUGCUCAGUGAACACAGACCACAUUCUCUAUACAGUCUAUUCUACUGUGGGCGCCUUCUACUUCCCCACCCUGCUGCUUAUUGCCCUUUAUGGUCGCAUCUAUGUGGAAGCUCGUUCUCGGAUUUUGAAACAGACACCCAACAGGACGGGCAAACGUCUAACUCGGGCUCAACUGAUCACCGAUUCCCCGGGAUCCUCUUCCUCGGGCACCUCCAUUAACUCUAGAGUCCCCGAGGGACCCAGUGAAUCCGGGUCCCCAGUGUAUGUGAACCAAGUAAAGGUGAAAGUCUCUGACGCUCUCCUGGAAAAGAAGAAGCUCAUGGCCGCUAGGGAGCGAAAAGCCACCAGAACGCUUGGGAUAAUUUUAGGAGCCUUCAUCGUCUGCUGGCUGCCUUUCUUUAUCAUCUCCCUGGCAUUACCUAUCUGUGAUAACGCCUGCUGGUUCCACCUGGCCAUCUUUGACUUCUUUAAUUGGCUAGGAUAUCUCAAUUCCCUCAUUAACCCCAUCAUCUAUACCAAGUCCAAUGAUGACUUCAAACAAGCUUUUCAAAAACUGAUACGAUUCAGGCGCACGAGCUGAAUCUUGAAGUGGCAGAGCGUUCGCUGAGGCGCCUCUGGAGAACGUGCUUGUCUUGUGUCUGAUUCCACAGGUAAGGUGGACUCUUCUUAUGCUGGUGAUGUCUCAGAGAGAGGCUCUCCUGAGCCAGAGAAAGUGGUGCUGAGAAACCAGUAGAGUCCAGAGGGGGCUCUGGAAGGAGAACCGUUCAUAGAAAGGGUAGAGCGAGAAGAAUCUAUCUGCUCCCCACACCCCCAGCUCCCCACACCUCCUGCCUUGCUAUUGACACUGCUGCUUUCCAGCGCCUAUGGGGCUGUAACUUUUUUUUUUUAAUAAGCAUUUAAAUGGGAGAUACCCACUAAAGACCAUUUUAUGGAAUCAUUGUCAGUCCAUAGUCUUGGGUACCUGGAAACCUGCGGAACUCCUAUCUCCUACCUGCAGGCAAUGCUUAUAAUAGAAGUUUAUCCUCCUGUUCUAGUUGGGGGAAAAGCUGGAUGUCACCCUUCUCCUACUCCAAUCUAAUGAAACUGGCAAGUGUUUACUUCUCUCAACUCUCUCUUUUAAGUAUUUAAACACAGAGGAGCAUAUGGAUUUAGUUUCCUGGACUUUAAUUUUGUCUCUGAUGGAGAAGAAAGCUUGAAGAGUUAACUGCGUGGAGGCGGAAUUCUGCUGUGAACAGUUCCUAUUGUUUUUCUUAUACUUGAAACUAGCUGGGGGAUGGGCAGACUUGACCAGGAUGUUUAAACUCCUUGGGUGUUUGUUUUCUGGGGAUGUGUAAUUUUAUAUAUCUGUUUAGCGACUGUCAAGUCACCUUCUAACAAAGCAAUCUAAGUAUUAUGUGUGCUCGUGCCAAAGUCUGGAAACUGCUUUAGUUUUAUUCCUAUUUCAUGUACCUGUCACUUUACAUAUUUAAAUUCCGGGUAAAUGGAGAGUAUGAUGGGUGACUCAGCCCAAAUUGCUGCUAUAUUACUUAUGAAUGCAAUCGUUUAGUGUUAGAUAAACCCCUCCUCCACCCUGUUUAACUAGACAGCUGUCUUUGUCUUUACUCUCUAGUCCAAUUUAGUGAAACCGACUUGCAGAAGACAGAUGGAAUAGCAACAACUCUUAUUGGUUUAGGAGGAAGGGAAAGGGGAGGGGAAAUGUAUAACCUUGACUUGUACAAAAUUCUUAAAAUGCAUGAGAUAGUUAUUUGCACAAACAUUCUUUUCACCUGAGAUUCCCUUGUGAGCCAGCUAAGUCACAAAAGGGACUAGCCCUUGGGUACAGACACACUUUACUAGGAGUAUGAGCCCUAUCAGUGUUAUUAUUGAAUAUUUGCUUCCACAUAUUUUAUAUUUUAAAUGUAGAAAAACAAAACAAAACAAAGAUUACUAGAUGAGGACGCUUAAGACAACUAAGGAGAGCAAAACCAAAAAAAUAAAGGGGGGGUAGCUUCUAUUUUUAUUCAGGCAGGACUAGCCUAGACAGAACCCUUCUUGUAAGGCCUGAAGGGUGAAAAGAUAUAAAUCUACAAAGUUAUUGAUGGGUGGUAAAUUACACUGAGAAGUGGCUUAGACUAAUACUCUGAAAAUCUGGCCUUGGCUAUGAUACCUCUUUCAGCUGUAACAAUUGGAACAUUCUAAAGUUAUAAAUCUUUACAAACUAUGUUUUAAUAGUUUGGUUGUGGUCUCAUGUUAGUACUGAAGGAUCCAAUUUUAUUAGCUAUGUCUACAAAUUGAAGGAUAGAAAAAUAUAUAAUCUCAGUAAAUGAAAGACCUAUAAGGAAAUUUUUUUCAUAGAAAUAAGCAAAAACAAACAAAAACCUACCCCACCCAUUGCUCACUAUGUUAGGUAAGAUCUAUAUUCUUUUCAGCUACUUUCUGCAAGUUGCCAUUUUGCUUGUGUGUUUUGUUUUGUUUUGUGUGUGUGUGUGUGUGUGUGUGUGUGUGUGUGUGUGUGUGUUUUAAGGUCUCUUUCACUGCUUGAAACUCCCUAAUAGAAACCAUCAGGCAAUGGAGAUUCUUGAACUGAAAUAUGAAAAUACACUCUCUGCCAUCUUAUUUAGCAGUCUUUCACUGAGGUAAUACCUCUUACCAUUACAAUAUUCAGACUGUCAUAGGUAUCCUCAGUAUAAAAAGGAAACUCUUAACUAGUGUUGACACCUUUUCAUUGGGGCUGGAUUAUAAACUUCAGGGCAUUAAAAAAAAAUCAGUCUUAGCAGGCUUCUCAAGUACAUUUGCUUUGGGGUUUCUCCCAUGGAGAAAUCAAUCUUGGAAUGUGAAUAGGGCUCAAUCAUUUGUGUUAAUGUUAUUAAUCUAUUUGUAUUUGUAUAUGCCAUUGUAAAUGCAGUUGUGCUUCUGUUGAGCAUAAGUGACAGUUAAGUCAAAUUUUAGCAGCCAGAAACUACACAUUCAAACAUAAAUUGAUGGUCCCCACACAGGAAGUGACCAUGAUUGUAUUUAAGUACUGUUAGAACAUAUGGUCAGUUUAAUCAGAGCUGGUUGCUUGCCGUCAUGUAGAUAAGGCAUUUUAAGAGCUGAUGAUUUGACUAAAUUGACUGGACAUUUAAGUAUUGUGAGAUAAGUGAGUGUAUGCAGAAAUUGUAGUAAUAAUAAAUUUCACCUCAUCAAUCCACAUUGCACUUGAUUAUGCAAAGUAUAUUGCCAUGUAAUCAGAGGGGUCUAUAGUUAAGACUGUUAAACCCCUUUGCGGUUACUCCUUCUUGUAGGACAGCCAUGUGCUUGUAUGAUAAUUCCUUUCAUAAAUUAGUCACAUUAAAAUAUACAUAAAAGGGGAGAGAAACAUGAAAACUUUGUGCCUCUUCAGCCAAAUUAAAAUGAACAUAUUCAUUGGAUGUCAUCAGAAACAUUGUCCACAUGUGUAUUGAACUGCACACCCAUCUAAUGAAUAUAUUAAUAUGUAAACAUUUAAAAUACCUAUACUGUCUUAUAUUUUCAGAGAUUUGAAAAUUUUCCCUUUUCCCUUAAAACAGUCACAGUGACUCAAAAAGAUUGGCUGUUGAUUUGGACAUACUUUAUUUAAUGAAACAAUAAGCUGACUUUUUGCUAUUUCAUCUUGGUUGUCUUUAAACAAAAGACAGUUAGAUCUCUAAUUCAUUUCAGCAGUAGCAGCCCAGAAUAUAUGAAUUUGAUGGAGUUGCUGUGAUUACAUUGCCUUUGGCAUCUCUCCUUUCAGCGAUGUGUAAUUGGAAAUGGAAUUUAGAAAAAAAAAUAAAAGUUUACUGUUCUAAGA